AUCCAGGUUAGAUUCAGUAAGUGCUUUCCCUGAGGCCAGCUCAGAAGGGAGGGGCAGAAAUAGCGAUGGGAGCAUUAGAGGAUGUAAUGUGUCUGAGCGAGAUGCCCCUCUUUGCUUUUUCUAUUCAAGUCUGACACAUGGCAGUGCCUGUGACACUCUGAAGUUGUCUACCCAGUGUGGCACUGCCAGACUGUGCUGUACGGAGCUGCUCAAUCCUGGAUUUGACAUAUGUACAGUCUUGUAAGCUUGGAGCGUGCUGUGGAUUUUGAGAGGCAGUUCACUGGAUGAGGGGCAGAUAUUGCAACACAGAGGAACUCAAUGCCCUUGGGAAAGUCUCAUCAUUGGCCAAAGUCCAGGAACAGAGCCCAGAGCAGACUCGAGGAGCCGACUGGACUGGCCACAGUGAGAAUUCGGAGCUUUUGGACUAGCGAUGGACAGCUGGACUCUCCAGGGGGACAGCUACUCCUUCCUGCGCAGUGCGCCCCGCACCUUUUCCCUGUGCCAUCGUGACGGCACCCCCAACCACGUUGAAAUCUUUGACAUCAUCAACGUCCCUACUCAGCGCAGUGCCAUCUCCGAGACCACUUGCCUGUGUGACAUUUUUGGAGACGACUGUGAGUCGCCCUCCCUCUCAAGCAGCCCUGCCAUAGGGGCUUUUGUCCCUUCCCAGACGGAGGUGGACGGGAUCGCUGCUGCAUCACCCAUCCCUUCCCAGAGGGAGGUGGACGGGAUCGCUGCUGCAUCACCCCUGGUGGAUGAUCUGAACGACUCCUCGGGCUCUUACCACACUGCACAGGGCUCCAGUGAAGGAGAGGAAGGCUUCGAAGAUUCAAGAGACAGGCUUUACAGCCCCCUGUUACAGAACGAGUCUUCAGAGGGGAGGCGGUCACAGGGCGAGGUUCUGAGCUCGGGGCAUCCAGACUUUUUUGAGGCUAGCAGCCCAAAUUUAGAACCAAAACCUAAAUCACCAAUACCUCAGCUUAGUACAGCUAGCCCUCCCUCUGAGAGGACCCCCUCUCCUGGACAUAAUAACUCCUGUACCAUCAGUGUAGAGGGAAGAGCGUCGUCCUUGUCUUCUUCCUCAGUUGAAAACAGACGAUCAUCAUCACCGGAAGCUGAACCAGGGACGACCACUCCUAUUUUCAAAGAUAGACAUAAUAGCCCCUCACAUCUGUCUUUAUCUCCAAGUCCCCAGUCUGAGCCAAGGAUCUGUGUCAGCUCAUCCCCUCCUGAGUCAGUGAACACCCAACCUUCACCUGAGUUCAGGGAAGCGCAAAACUUGCCUGAGCCAAGGAGCAGCUACUUUAACCAACAGAGCAGUCCCUCACCUGAGCCAUCACCCAGAGAUUUUUCUCAAGAUUUUAAAGAAUCAGCUUUUGAAUCUAGAGCCAUUCUUUCAUCUCCUUUACAUUCACCCAGUAGUACAGAGUUAUCAUCCCAAUCAAGAGAAACAUUGCCCUCCCCUGAGCUGAAGAAUAGGCCCUACUCCCCCGAUACUCAACCAUCAUCUCCUUUUACUGAGCUUAGAGGGAGGGUCUCUGUGCCUGAUCUUUUCAGCAGAGGCUCCACACCUGAUAUAGGAGAGCCUCCCUGCUCCCCUGAGCUGAUUUCAGAUCCUACCACAGCAGGAAGAGACGCCACUGCUACUCCUGAAAUCCAAAACGCAAGGUUAUCAGUUGAACCAGGCAGUGCUGUUUCUACACCUGCCCCACGAUAUACACCUCCCUCACCUGUUGUUUCAACAGCUACAUCUCCUGAGCUUGUGGAGAGUAGUGUUUCACCUGAAGUAAGAAACACAGCUCCCUCACCUGGCCUGCUCAGUGCUGCCUCUCCGACUAAGACAGGGUCAAGAACUCCCUCUCCUGCCCCCUCACCUAAAAUAAGGUGCGUUUCUACACCUUCUGAAAUCAGGACUCCGGUGUCUUCACCUGUGGUGAGUUAUAGUUUGUCUCCAUCACCUGAAGUUAGGGGCAACUGCUCUCCCAUUGAAUACAGACAUACUGCUCCCUCACCUGAAAUCAGGAUAACAGCAUCCUCACCUGAGCUUCACUUUGACUCUGCCUCAUCAAGGAGCAUCGCUUCAUCCCCCCAUAUCACAGGGAUUUCUUACACCGUUGUUCAGCCUGAGGACAGGGACACUCCCCCAUUUCCUGAGCUUUCUCGUCUCUCCACCCCUGAGCCUGAUAGGACGCUUGUGUCCCCUGAAGCAAGGAGCCCUACCCAAAGCAGAGACAGUAUACAGAGCAGUAGAGCAGAGUCCACUGGUACACCACAAGACUCACCUCAUAUAUCAGGCUUCACAAGCCCUAUCCUGCAGCCCGAAACAACUUUGUCGCAUCGGCCCAGAUACCAAACACCUUCACCUCAGCCAAAACAUCACACUCCCUCACCUGAGCCAAGAUAUCAAACCCCUUUAUCUGACAAGCAUCGAAGUCCCUCACCUCAGCAACUAAGAAGUAGAGAUCCAUCACCCGUUUCCCCAUCUCCUGUGCAGAAUUCACCGGCAGCCCUUUCCACGGAGUAUCAUCCUCAGUAUACAACCCCUACUCCUCCUCUGAGAAAUACGCCUGAAGUUGAGAGAGAUUCCUCUUCAGUUGAUAUUACAGAAAUACAGUGCCUCACACAUCUGGCCAAAGACAACGUGUCACCCUCAUUUGAAUUAGACAGGGAAGACAAAUCAGUUUGCGCAAUCAAAAGCAGUUCCCCAGUGGUUGCAGUUCAUUCUCCUGCAUUUACUUCACCUUUCUUAACAGAGGAAAAGAAAGAGAGUUCACUUAUACAACAAGGCACAGAGAGAGAAGCAACACCAAAGGAAGUAAACUUUCAGGAUAACUCGAGUUUAACCUCCUUCUCUGAGGAAAAACAAGACACAGGCCAUAUCCUUUUUCAGGAAGAAGAUACUUAUAAUAAUCCCCCCAUUGAAAUCAAGUCUCCUUCCCCUAAUCUUCUAGUCUCAAAGGGCAGGAGUCCAACCAUUUCAACUGACCGCAGAGCUAAAUCCAACUCACCUGAGCAGAGACUGGAAGACCCACAGCCUCAGUUCACUACUUAUUCGCUAACCUCUGAACGCAGCAGCUCAUUAAAAUCAGCUUGUACACCUGAGACGUCAAGAAGACAUCUGUCAACCAAAGUAAGACGGGAAAACAGACAGAGGUUCACUGAGAACAUGGCCCACCAUGUAAACAGAAGGCGGACUCCGUCUCCACCACUCACCAGGUUUACACCUGUCCACAUCAUAGCCCCUGAGAAACCAUACAGACUGUGGCAGCACAGAAGCCGUAGCCCCUCUCAGGUUGUAACAUCCCCACCAAGUGGUAAUUUAAAGAAAGCAGUGACAAAUAGGGAAAGCCCCGAUGUUGCCCCCGUUGACAAUAAUAGCCAGGCCCACUGGGUCACACUAGGAGGGCAACUGGAGAUGGAGAGGGAAAUGCAGCUGGAGGAGGAGAGAGAGGGAGGCAGGGAGAGGCAAAGGGAUAGGGAGAUGGAGAGAGAGAGAAAGAGGGAGGAGCGGGUUCCUGAAAAGGGGGAGGGUUGGCAGGGGGACGCCAGUUACAGAGGGGAACAGGUUGAGCUGUCAUUCAAUGCCAGGAAUAGAAAAGGGCCUGCGAGUCGCAGCACAGCUCCCACAAGCAGAGAGACCCGUCAGGGACUGCCAACAGUGCAUUCCUAUUCAGAGAGCCUGCUUGCCACCAGACAGCUACAGCAACAACAGAGUCUUCUGAGACUUGCUUCCCAACAAGACACCAGGGGAGUUGGUCCAGGCAGACGACUUCAACCUCCUGCACACCAGAACAAGAACAGUGCUCCUGGGCGCGUGGCUGCAAGCAGGCCCUGCCGGAGUUCCAGCUCCAGUAUGGGAAGUGAGCUUGAUGAGGCGGAUAAUGAGGUGAAGUGGUUUACAGACUUGGCUUUCCGCAGCCUGUCAAGCCCUGAGGUAGAUUACCUUGACAUGUACAACUCCAGCCACCGUUCAUCUACCAACAUUUCUCAGCCAUCUACCCAGGAGAGCCCUGCUGGGGUCAAUCCCGCCUGGCUGGCCUAUGCUGACUUCAGGGGUUCUGCUCCAAAGCUGGACAGUGACGAACUGUGCUUCCAGCAGUCAUCUGCAUACUACUCAGAUGGCCUGGAUCCAUCAAGACGCUAUGAGUUGGGCAGCUUUGAGUGCGUAGAUGUGGCUGUGGAAAGAGAGGACUUCAGGAAGGUUAGAAGAGGAGUACCAAAGAGACAGAUCCAGCUGAAGAGAAAGAACACUGCUGAAGGGAAGCAGGAUGAGAGCAGUGAAAAUAGCAGUCCUGGGAUACCAGUGAUGGCGGAGAGCCCCUCUCUAGAGAGUCACCCCAGAGAGACAUUCAUGAGACAACACAGCACACCAGCAGCAACGCAAGAUCGCUACCCUUCUGAGAGCAGCCCUGAGCCCAGUCAAAAAAAUGACAGAAAAGUCAAACUCCAGAAAUCUGCCUCCCUGGAUGAAACAUGCUCUAAAACCAAGAUGGCUACUUGUCUAAUCAAGAGUGUGUUGUCCAAGAAGAUGCAGAGCGUUGAUAAACAGGCUGAUGAACAGGCAGAAGAAGUAAGCCCUGCUUUUGAGGAAAACAGCCCACCAACAGAGAGUGCAGAGGCACCACUGAAAGUGUCCCCAAAACCUGACACACAUAAUCUGAGCUCAAGUCUCCAGUCAGAUUAUAGUCUUUCAUCUGAGGGUCCUCCUGUGAGAGGAGAACCAAGCACAAAGGAUGAAGCCAAACCACCAAAAAGCUUUGGAGUGAGAUCCAGCAACAGGCCGAGUUCAUCCAGCAGCUGCAGAAGUGUAAAUUUUUCACAGACUGACAGUGAAGAGGCUGAUUCUCAGAGCAGGAAUGCGACAUCAUUAAAAUCUGAAAUUAGAUCAGAAUUAAAAGUACCAUUUGAUAGUAAACAGUCCAGAACUGGAGCACAACAGGCAGAUGACAUUAAAACCUGGGACGAAAGGGAGGCUGGUGACUCAGCAAAUGCCACUGCCGGGAACACAGGAGCUCCUUUUGCCACUGGAGCCAGCAGCACGCAGGCCAGGAUCACAAACAGAGACCAGGAAUGUGAAAACACAGAGGACCAUAAACAAGUGCAACAGGGUGACAAGAGUACCCACAUGUCAAAAACACAGGAGAUUACACUCAAAGCUGUGGAGAAAAAGAAAGCCUCUCUAAGUGUCUGUCUCACACCUGAGGCAGAGAGUAAGCCUGAGGCGUCUUCACCAGAUAUGACUUUCAGACAACAGGAGGAAAGAGCAGAAAUCAGUGUGGAUGAGAAAACAGAGGAAGAUGAAGGAAAUGGCAAUAAUAAAGUUAAGGCCCCUAUUCACAAAGUUAGAGAUGUGAGGCGGCUUGUAAAAAAUACAUACAAUCUGUCUUUCAAGGCAACUGGUGCUGUAAUGCCAUCAGAUGUAAAUGAAGAAAGAAUGGAAAUUUUUAAUCAGGAAAGGAGGGAAGAAGUAAAAGAGAAGAGGGGGAAAGAGGUCAUAGGAGGGGAGGAGCGGGAGGAAAGGGAAGAAAUAAGGACAGAGGAGAGGAGGGAGGAAAGGGAGGAGGAGUACAUGGUGGAGAGGAAACAGGAGCAGACAGAGGAGGUAAAAGAUUUAAAGCAGCUGACCAUAUCUCCUCCUCUUCAAAGCAAAGGAAAGCCUGUGUCUCGUCCACAGCCAAUGCAAAUAGAGUACAAGGCUGUUUGCUGGAAAGAAGACAAAAAUAAAGUGUCAUGCAGCAAGAAAGACUCCGAAAACCCAGGUGACAAACCCCAGGCUUCUCCAGAGGUUGUCACUGAGGUAAGCAGAGAAUCACAAAAGUUCUCCAAUGUAAACACACAGAAUUACACAACAGCGACUGCCAAGUCAUGUCAACAUGAUGUAAACAUGGCAUCAGAAACACAAGAGAUAGAAAUGCCAAAAAUGCCAGACAAAGAGGGCAAACCUGUGGUGGUUAGAACAGACAGAAAACCUCCUAUGCUCGGAAGCCUCCCCAAGCUGCCCAGUAAGGAAAGAGAGGUGUCCACUGCUGUAGUGUUGAUAAGGGAUGGAUCCAGCAAGACCAAGACAUCUGCAUCUCCAGCCCAGGAAGAGAUCCCCACCCCACUCCAAGCCCCAGCUGCUUCACUUUCACCUGGGCCCCCUACCCCUGGCAGCAGUGGUCACUCAGUUUCCAUGUUGUUGAAGGAGAAAGGAUACCAAGCUGACAUUGGAGCUGUAGUGGGCGACGGUCAGAAUGCAGCUGGAGGGAAAGGGGCUCCCCGUAAGCAUGUGAACUGCCUGGAGAUCCCCCUUCAGACCAGCAUGCCUUCAGAUGAUGGGCAAAUUGAGUCUCAAAGAGAGAGGACAUUCUCCUCGUCACCCACUACCACCACCACUGGGCCAUCAGUAGUAUCUGAAAACACAGACACCCCUGCAAAGACGAAUGAAGACGAUGGAGUUAGCAUUAAACCUACAACUAAAGACACAGCAAAACAAAAAAGUGCCCCUCCACUAAGGAAUAUGCAGGAGCAAACACCACCUCUGACCAAACAGAAGGAUUUAGGAGAUUUUGAGGCUGUGAAAAGACUAGAUCCAACCUUCCCCCCGAGGUCUCCUGCAAUAAGGAGAUUCAGACCACAGCCAAUUGAAGUUAAGUCACUGUCUAAAGACACACCAAAACAAGAGGUGCCCACAAACUCAAAGCCAGGACAAAACAGGCCUCAAACCAUUGAAGUUAAAUCUAUAGCUAAAAAUUCUCAAAAGCCGGCCGUGCCUCCAAAACCAAGCUGCAAAUUUAAACCUGCAGAUUUAGGAACAAUGCAAAACGAAGCACAGAGACCGUCAGUGACAACAUCGACUGUAAGACCACAAGGUGAGGAGAGGUCUCAAACAAUUGUGGUGUCCUCACCAACCAUCUAUAGAAAGAUCUCCAAUGAGUCCACAUCAACAUCAAACUAUACAAGAAAACUAGCUGUGUCUGCUGUAUCUAGCCUCAAACCUCCACCGAGCAAAACAACAGCAACCACGAUCUCCAACCUCUCAAACCAGUCAACAGCACCAUCAGCAUCAGAGACAGAGGCAUCUAAUGACAGAGGACAGCAGCAACAACCAGCUGCCUCACCUCAAAGCUCUAGAUACACACAAAGACCUACAACAUCAGCCCCAAAAUCAGCCACUUGCACAGGUUUAAACUCAGCUCCAGGUCCAGUUUCUGACCCGAUAGCAAACCAAGUCACUGGACCCGUCUCAAAUGGAGCCAACCCGCCAAGCCAGCCAGCUGUUAUGGAUCCAGACAGCCAACCACAGUAUCCCAGGAUGACAUACCCUCAUGAACAAGCUAUGCCGGUGACUUCAAACAAUACAAAACAACCCACUGCUGUUCCCACAACACAAGUGCCAGGAUACACACACCAGCCGUGCCGCAGAUCUCUGUCCAUUGAGCGCCCCCAAAGGACAGAUGACCUACAUUUUUAUGCCUCAGAUGACCCUCCAAGCUACGAUGAAAGAGAGAGCUUCAGUCCCCUCAUGCUCCCAGAUCUGACCCCCAGGAGGUCAAAUCGCUAUCAACCCUCCUCCCGUCCUCCUCCCUGCUCCUGUACAGCUGGCUGCCCUUCCCACCCUGGUCUCACACCUCCUCACCAUCACCGCAGCCCCCAUAAUCUCACCCCCCCUGCCCCUUCACACUCUCCAGGCCAGACACUACCUUACCCAGUGGUCCAGCCCCCUCUUCGUCCCCACCAGUGCAGACCUGAUCCUCAGCCGAUGAGCUACCAACCUGGUUCUCCCAAAUCUAGUCCUCUCGGUCCAAGCCAGCCACAGGCUCUGUACCAGCCUCCUCCCCACCCCUCACUCAUGCAGGCCUGCACUGCUGACCGACCAUUGCAGCCACCCCAGCAUAUUGACCCUCGACGACCCCCUGUCCACAGAUCCCCCCACCAGCAGCCAUCAGGCAUGGCUGGGGCUCCUUACAGCGAUCCUGGCCACAGCCACUCCCCUAGCCUUCCUCCUAUGGAUCCCCAGUACUUGUGUGGCCCACAAAGCCUGGGGCCUUCCUAUGGCUCUGAUUAUGGGGGUGACAGCUCCAGUUUGUACUCAGACAGUGGCUAUGGACAGACACCUCGCAGAGUGCUCCUAGAUCCUGAGACUGGGAAGUAUUUCUAUAUCGAGGUGCCUGUGCAACCACUGAGGAAAAUGUUGUUUGACCCAGAAACUGGCCAAUACGUGGAAGUGCUCAUCCCACAGCAAGCAAUGUCACAUUCAGGCCUAUAUCCUCCUUCAGCAGCCCCUUACCCAUCUCUCCACAACCCCAACAUGUAUGCCCCUGCUCCACAGUACAUGCCUUAUGCAGCUCCUCCUCCCCCAGCCCACCCCCAGGCUCAGCCCCAGCCACCCCGCUAUCCUGAGGCCUCUGCAGCAGCAUCAAUGCACCCAAGCGGACCUGGGGUCAGCUACAGGAAUCAUACUGGCCAGGGGUCCAAGCCAGAGCCCCAGAACCAUCCACCACUGGACCAGAGCUACCUGGAGAGUAUGUAUUAUGUCCCCACAGGGAUGAACGCGAGCCCCAAUCCCACCCCACCAGACUAUUACCACAAACAUCCCCCCAACCUACCCCCAACAGGGGGGAAAAGAUCCUGAAAUAGAGGAUAGAGGCCGCCUUCCUGGAGCCUGUUGGGUUUUAAAUACACAGUGUAUAAAGGGGAUGUCUAAUGUUAGCCUGUUAUUUGAGUUUUCAUAUUGCAACUGAAGACAGCGAUUCUUUGGUUGUUGUUUAUUUGCUGCUGCUUGUUCUGUGUUAGGCUGCUUUAAUAGAGAGAGAUAUAUGAUUCUUGAGUUAAUGGUUUUGAAAACACAAGAGAGUAAAGCCAAGGCUAUCACCUAAUUUCAAAAUGAUCUAUUAAAAUUUUUGUCAUUUUUGAUACAGGGUACGAACAUCCUUCUGUAACUUCACCAGUAAUGCACAGACACUAUAAAUCAAUAGGUUUACUGAUUUAAUGAUGUGUGUACUUUAAUAAAAAAAUAUCUCCAAAAACUUGAAAAUAUUGUUUUUAAAGAACCUCAUAUUUAUUAUUGUUUUUCUCUAAUAUUGGAUCAGUGAGUUUGUGAUUACAAAUGAUGUCUGCAACAACAGUGCCAAUAAAA